ACGGCCUACUUGCACGCAUCUCACCGGGCAGUCCAAUCGAGGGAGGAGCAGUCAACGUCGCAUUCAGAGUCCGACUGGUCAGCUGAAAUCAUGGCCGAAACCCGUGAGAAAAUCUGUGACUUCUUGUACCAGUCUCCGGCAUCCACACCAGCUGCCAUCCGGAAGAAUAUAGGCGUCUCCAGGGUCAACGAGGUCAACCAGCUGCUCAACACCCUGGAAAAGGAGGGCGAAGUCUGCCGCCAGGGCACUCCUGCCAAAUGGUCACUCACAGAAAAGAAGAGGGAGAGGAUGUUUAUUAAAAAGCGGGCGGCCGAAAUCCACGAGGAAGAGGAGAUGGAAGUCAAACCGGAGGCGGCGGAGCUUAAUGUUGAAAACGGGCAGCAGGGGACAGGACCGGACACCGCCAGCGUCACGCCCGCGGACGAAAACGUGGUGGCGGAAACCAACGUGGUGGCGGAAACCAACGUGGUGGCGGAAACCAACGUGGUGGCGGAAACCAACGUGGAGGCGGAAACCAACGUGGAGGAGCCGCCUGCGAAGCGGCUGAAGGAGAGCAGCUUUGACGACUACGAGAACGGAAAGUGGACCAUGGACGAGGUGGGAGACAUGAACACAAUAAACCAAAACUACCUGGACUCCAACAAUGCCGUCAGUAUGCCAGUGCCACAGUACCGCGAGCCCGUCAAGGAAGUCACGCGGUUGGAGAAGCUGCAAUCGUGCCAGGAGAAAAAUCCCGUGAGCGGGCUGCUGGAGUUCGCCCACUUCUUCUCCCAACAGUGCGAAUUUGUGCUUAUGGAACAGAGCGGACCGUCUCAUGACCCCAGGUUUAAGAUCCAGACCGUGAUCAACGGCCGGCGGUUUCCUGAAGCCGAGGCCAACAGCAAGAAAGCCGCCAAGAAAGAAGCCGCCUCCCUCGCAAUGCGCAUUCUCCUUCGAGAGGAGCAAGGUGGAUCAGAAGCGGAGGUCCUCGCCGAGCGCGGGACCGUCCCAGAGGCCCAAGAGGAACAAAAGAACAUUCCGCAGCCGUCUUUGAUUGGAGGGAAGAACCCCAUCAGCAUUCUUAUGGAGCACAGCCAAAAGUCAGGCAACAUGUGUGAAUUCCAGCUCAUGAGCCAAGAGGGACCUCCCCACGACCCCAAGUUCACGUACUGCGUUAAAAUUGGUGACCAAUCCUUUCCACCGGUGAUCGCCAACAGUAAGAAAAUGGCUAAGCAGCUCGCUGCCGAGGCCGCGGUAAAGAAGCUCCUUGGCGAGAACGCCCUGCAAACUGACAAGGUCGAUCCUUCUGCAGCUGAGGUGCCCAGUAUGGAAUUCCCCACAGUGCCAGAGCUUUCCGUGGACGAUAUCAAGAUGGCUCAGACUUCUGGGGUCGGCGAGUUCAUCAAGUAUCUGAACGCCAACCCCGUCAGCGGCCUUUUGGAGUAUUCCCGUGCCAAGGGUUUCGCUGCCGAAUUUAAAAUGAUCAGCCAGACGGGUCCCCCGCACGAUCCCAAGUUUGUGUUCCAAGCCAAGGUUGGCGGUCGGUGGUUCCCCCCAGUGACCGCAUCCAAUAAGAAACAGGCAAAAGCAGAGGCAGCUGAUGCUGCUCUGAGGGUCCUUAUUGGAGAGGCAGAAAAAGCCAUUAGGGAAGGUGAUAGUAUGGCAGAGCUCCCAGUCAGCGGCAGCACCAUUCACGACCAGAUCGCCAUGCUGAGCCACCAGAAAUUCAACAGCUUGACGGCCCGGAUCCAGAACAGCCUUCUCGGAAGGAAAAUCUUGGCGGCCAUCAUCAUGAGGAAGAACAGCGAUGACCUGGGCAGUGUGGUUAGCAUUGGCACUGGUAACCGUUGUGUGAAAGGGGAGGAGCUGAGCCUGUGCGGGGAGACGGUCAACGACUGCCAUGCUGAGAUCAUUGCCCGCAGGGGGUUUAUAAGGUUUUUGUACGACCAGCUGAUGAAGUACAAUCCCGACACCCCAGAAAGCAACAUAUUUGAGGAAUCUGAAGGAGACCUAUUGCGUAUCCGCCCCGGCAUCACCUUCCACCUCUACAUCAGUACGGCUCCCUGUGGGGAUGGGGCACUCUUUGACAAGUCCUGCAGUGACCAGCCAUGUCCGGAGGGAGACAAGAAACACUACCCUCUAUUCGAGAACCCCAAGCAGGGAAAGCUGCGCACUAAAGUGGAGAACGGCGAGGGCACAAUCCCGGUAGAGUCCAGCGACAUUGUUCCCACCUGGGACGGCAUUCAGCACGGCGAGAGGCUUCGCACCAUGUCUUGCAGCGAUAAGAUUCUACGCUGGAAUGUACUCGGCCUUCAGGGUGCCGUCCUGUCACAUUUCAUGGAGCCCGUCUAUCUCGGCUCCGUCACUCUGGGUUACCUGUUCAGUAAGGGACACCUCACUCGAGCGAUCUGCUGCCGGAUGUCACGGGACGGGGAAGGUUUUCAGCAACAGUUGCCGGACCUCUACAUUGUCAACCAUCCAGAGGUCGGUCGCGUCAGCGUAUAUGACUCUCACCGGCAGACUGGGAAGACGAAGGAGUCCAGCGUGAACUGGUGUCUGGCUGACGAAGAAGUUGAAGUUUUGGAUGGUACAAAGGGGAAAAUUGAGGGGGGAAAACUCGACGUCUCCCGCGUCUCCAAACACCACAUGUUCGCCCUGUACCAAAAACUUUGCUCGUCGCACAACCGCCAAGACCUCCAAGAGUACACCUCCUACAGCGACAUCAAGGCCGCGGCCACCACCUACCAGACGGUGAAGGGACUGUUCUUCAGAUCCUUACAAGAGAUGGGCUACGGAAACUGGAUCAGCAAACCACAAGAAGAGAAGAAUUUUAACUUGACGGCGUAACGAUCAGCAAAUCUGUUUUUUGUUUUUGUUUUUUUGUAAAGGA